AUGUCUGAGUGCGGGAGCUUCCCUCGCAGCCUGGCACUCAUCGCCCACUGGCAUGGCCACGCCAGGAAGAAGCCCUUUGCCUGCACUGACUGUAGCAAGAGCUUCCACCGUGGCUCUCACUUCCUCCAGCACCGCCGUGUCCACACCAGCGAGAGCCCACACAUCUGUUGUGACUGCGGCAAGAGCUUCCAGGGGAACUCCAUGCUCAUCGCUCACUGGCACGUCCAAACCAGCCAGAAAGCCUUCAGCUGCAGCGACUGCGGCAAGAGCUUCAAGAUGAGCUGCCAGCUCUUCCGGCACCGCCGCGUCCACACCGGUGAGAGACCCUACUGCUGUGCUGGCUGUGGCAAGAGCUUCCGCUGGAGCAAGACCCUCAUUACCCACUGGAAUGCCCAUAGUGGCAAGAAGCCCUUCGCCUGUCAAGAGGCCGUGCAGUCCAGGCACCUCCAAUGA